UGUGAAUUGGCCUUCAUGAAGUGAAAAUUAAAUUUAAUGAUAUUUGGGCUAAGUAGAACCGAAAGUUGGAUUAAUCCAAAACUAUGUAAUGUAUAAUAUUAUUUUCGAAUGUUAGUUUGGCUACUACUUGUUGAGUCAAAAAACGCAAAUGAUUUAGAUCUGCGGUACCUAAUUUUCGAAAAUGCGUUUGAUUAUUUUGGAUAAUGUUAAUGCAGUUGGAGAAUGGGCUGCCAAAUAUGUAAUGAAGCGUAUCAAUGACUUCAAACCAGGACCAAAUAAAUAUUUCGUUCUUGGUUUACCUACAGGUGGUACACCACUUGGUAUGUACAAAAAACUUGUUGAGUAUGUAAAAGCUGGAAAGGUAUCAUUUGAAUAUGUUAAAACUUUCAACAUGGAUGAAUAUGUUAGUUUGGACCGAAAUCACCCAGAAAGUUACCAUUUUUAUAUGUGGAACAAUUUUUUCAAACAUAUUGAUAUUAAACCAGAAAAUGUGCAUAUCCUAGAUGGAAAUGCAGAAGAUUUGUCUAUUGAAUGUGAAAAUUAUGAGCAAAAAAUUCAAGAAGCAGGGGGAAUAGAAUUAUUCAUUGGAGGUAUUGGACCCGAUGGACAUAUAGCUUUCAAUGAACCAGGAUCUUCUCUUGUUUCAAGAACAAGAGUAAAAACAUUAGCUCAAGAUACGCUAGAGGCUAAUGCCAGAUUUUUCAACAACGAUAUGAGUAAAGUACCUAAGCAAGCACUCACUGUAGGUGUAGGUACAGUAAUGGAUGCAAAAGAAGUAUUGAUAUUAGUAACUGGCACUGCAAAAUCUUUUGCUCUAUAUAAAGCAAUAGAAGAAGGUGUCAACCAUAUGUGGACUGUGUCUGCCUUCCAACAACAUCGCAAUACCAUAAUGGUAUGUGAUGAAGAUGCAACCUUAGAACUGAAGGUUAAAACAGUGAAAUAUUUCAAGGGUUUGAGUGCACUACAUAAUCAACUUAUUGGACAAUACAUUGUAUAAAUUAAGAACUAUUUGUAUGUUUUGUACUGAAAAUAUUUUAUGUACCCAUAUUUUAAAAUGAAAUUUAAGUAAUUAUAUUUUUUCGAUUUUA